CAUCAAGGUGCAAAGAGCAGCUAAUAAGCCCAAGAGGGGUGGAAAGGACCCCCUCCUGCCCCAGAAUAUGCACUGGCAAAAAUGUGAGUUCUGGACUCUUCUUUUUUUAAAAUAAUAAUAAUAACUAGAAUGCAAAGAUAGGCUCUGGGAGUAAACCCUACUGAAUUCAAUAGGACGCAUUGCUGAGUAGACAUUGUUAGGAUUGCACUGUUGAACAGUACUGUAGCAAAACUAUAGAGGAAGAACUGCUAAUUUUAAUUAUCCUUUUGGAUUUUCCAAAGUGCUUCUCAGUUUUUAUUGUAUUGGAACCGUUCUGAGGUAGGUCUUUAUUCUUAUUCACAUAUUGCAGCUGGGGGGGGGCGACUGAGGCUGAGAGUUUGUGACUUAAGCAGAGAUGGCCCUGGAGCUCUUCCAGAUUAAAUCAUUCACAGCAUAAAAAGAAGAAGGUGUCAGGCUGAAGUCUUUUCCUCUUGCCCUCUGGCAUAUUUGGAACAAGCAGUGCUUACCGGGUGAUAAAUGGUGAGCACUUUGCAUACGCUCAGAUGAACACUGCUCUCUAGAACUACCUUGCAACGUUUUGUCAUUGAAUCCUGGCCGGCAACCAACAGAAUAGAAUUAACUCUUCUUACUCUUUUAACUCUCACCUUGGUACCGUUCAGCUUUGCUUCAAGUGCGCCUGCUAAGAAUCCACAGAUCUGAGGCUGACAGAUCUGUGACAAUGCCUUCAGAGAAGACGUUUGGCUUUUGUGUACUGGAAAGGCAAAUUAUCUGAACCAUCACUUGUUUUCUGGCACACAUACAAAUUCACGGUGCGAUUUAAAGCACAAUCCUGCAUAGGUUUACUUAGAAGCCAGUCCUGCUAAGUUGUUUUUGUUGUUGUUUAGUCGUUUAGUCAUGUCCGACUCUUCGUGACCCCCAUGGACCAGAGCACACCAGGCACUCCUGUCUUCCACUGCCUCCCACAGUUUGGUCAACCUCAUGUUAGUAGCUUCGAGAACACUGUCCAACCAUCUCGUCCUCUGUUGUCCCCUUCUCCUUGUGCCCUCCAUCUUUCCCAACAUCAGGGUCUUUUCCAGGGAGUCUUCUCUUCUCAUGAGGUGGCCAAAGUAUUGGAGUCUCAGCUUCAGGAUCUGUCCUUCCGGUGAGCACUCAGGGCUGAUUUCCUUAAGAAUGGAUAGGUUUGAUCUUCUUGCAGUCCAUGGGACUCUCAACAGUCUCCUCCAGCACCAUUAGGGCUUCAUAAUUGACUACUCUGAGAACAACAUGCUGAACUAGAGGGGACUUUGGUCUGAUCCAACAGGGCUCUUCUUAGAUCAUUACGUUCGUAACAUUCUUUCAUCCUCCAUCUCUGUAAAACGGUGCUUUAACUUCACCACUAUCCUUGGAAGCCUUAGGUAAGUUACAGUGGUACCUCAGGUUACAGACUCUUCAGGUUACAGACUUCGCUAACCCAGAAAUAGUACCUCGGGUUAAGAACUUUGCUUCAGGAUGAGAACAGAAACUGUGCUCCGGCGGCGCGGCAGCAGCGGGAGGCCCCAUUAGCUAAAGUGGUGCUUCAGGUUAAGAACAGUUUCAGGUUAAGAACGGACCUCCGGAACGAAUUAAGUACUUAACCCGAGGUACCACUGUAUUUAUUCUUAGCCUCAGUUCCUCACAUGAGAAAUGGGAACCCUCUGUAUGCUCCUAAUGGAAAGCUUGCUCGGCUGCAGGCAGAUAACACGAUGUUAUGACAUUUCCUGGGAUUCCACGUACCUUGGUUUUUAGAGAAUAACAGUGCCGUCCUUUACUGCAGGGGUUGACAGGCUUCAGGCUUGCAAGACCUGCCGUAUUUAUGCAAAUCUAAUGUGCCAUCGAAUCUAAUGUGCACCCUAAUUUUCUUCAGUGUAAACAACAACAACAAAAGCAAGACCUGAGUGCAACAGCAACACGCCCCAACUGUGAAUCCCACCAACUGCUAUUCAGAGACAUGUUGCCUCUGACAGAGCAAGUAGAGUAUAGACAGCAGGCUAGUAGCCAGGAGUAGCCUUCUUCACCAGGAGUUUAUGCAACCUUCUUUUAAAGCCAUCCAAGUUGGUGGCUGUAACUGCAGGCAGUGGGAGCAAAUGUCAUGGGUUAACUAUGCACUAUGUGAGAUAACACCUGCUUUGGUCUGUCCUGAACCUUCCAACAUUCAGCUUCUUUGAGAGAGGGAUAAAGACUGUCCGCUUUCUCUAGACAAUGCAUAAUAUCAUUUACCUCUGUCACGUCCCUUUUUUACUCACCUUUAUUGGCGAGUCGAUUUACUUUCUGUGGAGCAAGCAAAUUUCCAGCAUGUAUAAUGCAGAGAGAAUAUUUCCAAUGCUUUUGUCAGAUUAGUCACCAUGAAUCAAAUGUCACUGAAUGAUUCACAAUUGCAGCAAUGCUAUUUUUUUUUUAAAUGACAACAGUGGUUGCCAACCAAACAAUUUCCAUUUUAGAAAGUGAAUCUUAUCUUUUGCAUCUGCCUUCAAAAAAUGUCAAAUAAUCAGCAAAGAGUUAAGGGGAAUGGCAUCGAUCAGGCCACUGGCAGCUGCUGUUGGGCUAUUGCAUUUGAGCAUGUGCAGAAUGCCUGUUAACACAGAGCAACUACAGGGUACCCAACCACCUUUAUUUCUUUCACUCCUUCUUUUCUAUAUAGCAUAAAUUCAAAGUGGCUGACAAAUCAGAAAAAGCAGGUAAAAGUACAGUAUGUACAUCCAUCAACAGGGACAGACGAAGCUUUCAGCUUUGGUUCUCUCUGUUUCUUACUUUCCCAAAUCUUAAGCACAGUUCUCCUCAUUUCUGUUCGUUUAUUAUGUUUAUUUAUUUUUAAAGUUCUCAUGAAAUUUAAGUGCCAUUUAAGUGCACAUUUUGCCUAUUAAACUCAUGUUUGUAUGCAAUUCUCCUUUAAUAAAUGUUACUUUUGUUAUUUUUCACUAAUAUAUGCCUUUAUAGGCACGUCUUAUAUCAGGGAUGCCAUAUUUCUAAAAGUGAAAAUCCAGAUGCAAAAGUUGUUUAGCUUUUUAUGGCAAAAUCUCAAUAAUAAUAAUGAUGAUGAUGAAGAAGAAGUUUUUGAGCUAUUUUUAAGGAAAUUCGCCAAAAUCUACACUUCUGACAUGGGUUGCCAUUCGACUGAAUUUUCUCAGAUAUUUCAGUGAUUUCUGCCCGGACACAGUUUCCAACAGCCGAAUCCCGGCUAUGUCCUGGAAAUUCCAGGUGUAUGGCAGCCCUAUCUUAUACAAAUACAUUCUGGAGAACUUCGCUGCAAAAUUCGGAGAAGUGUGAAUUUCAAAGGAUAGUGGUGUUUUGGUCCGUGCAUUGUUUUGAAAAGUAUGAAUUAGGCUAUCUGAAUUUCUCCUCCAUCCCAAUUGGAACUGGAGGCUGCUACUCCAUUUGGUUCUUUGUUACCGCAAAUGCUUUUUUAAAAAAUGAACCUUUAACCAGCCACAUUCUGGCUGUGAACCAACACACACUUUGAAGUGCUUUCUUAUUUUGGGCAUUUGUGGAAAUGCCCAACAGACCACUAACAGUUAAUUUAUGGAAUAUGCUGCCACAAGAUGGCCACUGGCUUAGGGAGAUUUUAAAAAGAAUUAAACAAAUUCAUGGAGUAAAUGGUCCUAUCAAAGGACACAAAAUAGAACCCCAGGUUCAAAGGCAGUGUCCCUCUGUGUUAUGUACUGAAGUUCUCACCCUGGGCCAGCAGGGGGGAUACUGUAGAUAGUUUUCACUCAGGUCCACAUAUGCAAAUAAGGGAUUGAAAGUGACGUUCAGUGAUUGGACAGUUACAGAAAGUGGUUACUGUUGCAUUGUAGUGGAGCUCUAUAUAAGCAGGGUGGCUGAACCCUUCAGUUCAGUUCUGUUCUGGCCUGUGAAUAAACAAGAGCUAUUUGAAGAAUCACUGUGUUGUCUGAUAUGUUCACCCACAACUUAACACUGUGAGUACCAGGUGCUGGGGACAAACAGUGGGGGGGGGGGUUUCUGUCCUUCACACCCUGGUUUGGGGCUUUCCCAGAAGCAUCUUGUUGGUGACUGCUGGGGAAAGGAUGCAGGACCACGGAUCCAUUUAGCCCAGUUCUUAAACUGCCACUGUGCAAAUGAGUCCCCUUGGAAAUUCAGGACACCAAAUACUUGGACAUCCCGAGCACAGCCAGUUGAAAUGAAAAGGUGGAAGUCAAAUGUUUAUCCUUCACUGAUUCUGCAGCAGGUGAGGGUUAAGAACCCAGCUCUGAGAGUUCUUGAGAAGUGAGACUGAAAGAUGAAACCGUCAUGUGUGAUGUGUUCCAUCAUGUGCGCCUCCGUUCAGGCGAAGCCACCUUGGGAAAAGUUGGUGGGGGAAACAAACUUCAUUGAGGCUUCAUAAACCAGCUGCUUGACUGCCAUCAACAUCAGCAGUGUUCUUAAUAGAUUUCCCCACCUUGAAAUGUAAAAUGCAGCUAAGGAUGGGCAAAUCUGUCAAUUUCGGCUUCUCCCAGUUUAUAUGCAAUAUUGCCUACCAUGCACAGUUUUGCAAAUCAAUUUCCCCCAAUAUAAGGAAUCUUUGCAUGUUCUUUUCACUAACAUAUGCAGACUUUACCCUAGUACGUGCAUUUUUGAACGCGUUGCUUGGCUGGAGAACUGCACUGCAAAAUUCAGAGAAGGUUGAAUUUCGAAAGACAGCUGUGUUUCGAUUCACGUACCACUUCAGAAAGCAUAGAUUUGGUGUGUUUGCCUUUAAAUGGUGAACUGAACCAAAUUUCUGCCCCAUAUCUAAUUGUAGCACAGGGGGUGGCUAUGCUCUGCCUUCACGGUCAGAUCCAGUAAUGCUUCUGAAUACCAGCUGCUAGAAGGAGCGUCUCCACCCCCAUCAUUCAGCCCGGACACUGAGGUCCAAGCUCUGGUGGUUCCCUCAAUGCGAGAAGCUAAGUUACAGGGAACCAGGCAGAGGGCCUUCUCGGUAGUGGCGCCUGCCCUGUGGAAGGCCUCCCAUCAGAUGUCAAAGAAAUAAACAACUAUCUGACUUUUAGAAGACAUCUGAAGGCAGCCCUGUUUAGGGAAGCUUUUAAUAUUUGAUGAAUUGUUGCAUUUUAAUAUUUUGCUGGAAGCCGCCCAGAGUGGCUGGGGAAACCCAGCCAGAUGGGCAGGGUACAAAUAAUAAAUUGUUAUUGUUGUUAUUAUAGAGAGAGUUCUCUUGUGCUCAGGUCCUGCUUGCAAUUUUCCCACAGGUUGGCCAUUGUGAGAACAGGGUGCUGGGCUAGAUGGGCCAUUGGCCUGAUCUGGUAGGCUCUUCAUACACUCUUAUGAUUGGUAGCAGAGAGAGCCCAGCAUGAAACGUGACAUUUUCUCACUUCAUGUGUAUUUGCCAUUGUGCUGGAGGUCCGAGUCCAGUCCAAGGAGGUAUGGAGGCUGUCCGUCAAAGCUGAAGCAGGGUCCAAGGCAGGGAGUCGGGUGAGGUCAGGAACUCUGGCAGAAGAGCAAGGCAGGGUGCAGGAAGGAACAGGCAACCAACAAUGUUGCUCCCGCAACCUGGGACUGGGGCUGGCUGGCUUUUAUCUGUCCUGAGGCAUAGGGCGGCCCCGGUCCACAGGUGACUCGCCUCUCCUGGCCUUAGUUCCCUCCACCUCUCUGCCCUGAGCCUCUGCAGCUCAGGAGAGGCUAGAGGGUUACCGGACCCAGAGGCAACCUCAGCUUCCCCUGACGGGGCUGAGAGUGGAGCACCUGCAGGCAAUGGGUCCUCCAUCACCUCAGGAGCCAGAGCAGACUCAGCUGGUGCCUGCACCUGAGGAUCCAGCACAGGUGAGGACCCUUCAGGCUCAAGCCCCAGCCCCGGCUCAGCUGGUUCUGGAGGCGGGGAAUCCUGUGCAGGCUGGGAUUCCUCAGGUUCAGCCUCUGAGUCCGAAUCCCAGGCCAUCCCAGCCAUCAUGGCAGAGUGACCAAACCAUGUAAUGCCUGGAGCGGAGAUUGGCAUCCUCUGGAUCCCAACUUCCUUCUCCUUAUUUUUAAAACUGUAGCUUAAACCAGGAUAAGAUCAUAUCAUGGACCAGAGACCUCUUGGUCCUGGAAGUAUGUCAUGUGAUCCUGGAGAGCCAAUCUCAGGUCACGGCCCACUAUAUUGCAUCAGUGACUCGCAUUCCCUCAGAGCGGCAUAUCUUUGUUGGAGAGGGACACAGCUAUACUUCUUGGCUGCCGCCCAACCCCUUGUUGCCUCCCAAACCUGCCUCUUCAUCAUUUCCCUGGCCAGGAACCUCAAGUCCAGGAACUGUGAUGCUGUCUUAACAUGUCUAGGAUAUACAUAUAAGCAAAGACCCUGCUUUAAGAGAUACCUUUCCCAUUUAGGCCAAUCUUGUCACAAAACCAGAAGUUGCAAUCUAUUGAGGCAGUUCACCUGUCCAUCUAGCUCAGUGUUGCUUACACUGACUGGCAGCAGCUCUCUAAGGUUUUGGACAGGGAAUCUCUCCCAGCCCUACCUGGAGAUGUCAGGGACUGAAGCGGGGACUUCUGCCAUUGAGGUAUUAGCCUUCUACAAAGGCAAGUAUCUUUGCAUACUCAGCCAGACAAUGGCUCUCUAGGAUCUACAGCAGAGGGCUUUCCCAUUAUCUGUUACCUGGUCCUUAAGACUGGAGAUGCCAGGGAUUGAAUCUGGGACCUUCUGGCAGACAAAUCCGAUUCAGUUAAUAUUUAAUUUGCACUUUCUGAAACAGUGCGAGAACCAAAAUGCAGCCGCCUUUCGGCAUUUGCACACCAGAUUUUGCAGUGCAGUCCUCUAACCAAGCGAUGUGUACAAAAACGCACAAGCUAAGGAACUGCAUGCCUUAAAAAGUGCAUAAAUGAAAAUAGCAUCCAUAAAUGCAGUAUGUUAGAGGAAGCUGUUUUGCAAAAAAUAUGCAUAUCAGGCAUAAUUGCACAGAAAAGAAAGUGUCUAUUAUGAAAAAAUUGCACAGAAAUGAAUCACAACUGAUGUGGAAAUGUGAAGAAUUGAAGACUGGAAGAAACAAAAAUUGACAAGAUUCACCCAUCCCUACCACUGAGAGAGCUAUCAUUCCCUCUGUGCAAGCACCAUCAUGGCUGGACUCCUCAGUAUCCAGGAGACUGCAACCUUUCCGGUUGUUGCAACCUAACCAUUCUAGCACUCAGAGCUAAGCACUGGACAUAGGCCACUACUGCUUUGUCUUGGUGGGGUUUUUCUCUUCUGCCACAUGCGCCAAUAAGGCCCGUGCAAAACGCUUUUCCACGUGCUCUGUCAGCCAUAUACUCAGAAUUCGCCUGUGCUAUAACCAGCUCUACUUUUGCUCAAGGGCUUUUGAUCACUGAGUAAACACUCCCAGCCUGGUGUUUGCUUAAUAUCUUUGCGCAGGGUUAAAUGUUUAUUGAAACAUCCUGACCCAGAUGUGACCAGAGAUGGGGAGGGCGCGGGGGGGGGGGUUGGAUCCAUUCCUUGCCAGCUUUAAGUGACAGCUUUGCUCCAGAAAAUCAAAUGCCACCCUGGGAAAAAGCUAGACCCGUGUCAGUUUCAGAAGGGAGCCUGGAGGAGUCUCUCCAACAAACAGGCCUCAACAUGCACCAAGGGUGGGUGGGUGAGCGUUGCUGGAUAAUUGACACUGUUGGGGGAUCGUGGUGACACACACAGCGUCAAAUUGAGGCCACAAGCUCACUGACAGGGCGAUGGGAGCAACUGACAGUCAGGAAAACAAGGGUUGUCUUCUGCGUGUUGACCCAGCACUGAGCUGACAACCGCAGUAGGAAGCAGAAGGCAUUCCCACAGGCCAGCUACCUCUUACACAGCUGCGCAGCAGCCAAGGAAGAAAAAGGUACUCUUGGGGUCACAGAGAGAUCCCUCUUCAGGACCCCUUCCAAGGUAGUGCCGUUUUUUGGUGCUCCUUUUGAGAUUCUGAGGGCUGCAGGGACAAACAUGGCAGCAUAGCUAUUUGAGGGCAGUGGGGGGGGGCACGGCUGUGUGGCUUCCAUAUUAUUGUCCAUGCAAACUGUCAAGUUCACGGUGAUGGCAAAGUAGAACCUCCAUGUUCAGGGGCAGCCGGCGCCACUUACUACUGGUUGCUGGGGGGGGGGAGGCAAGCAAUGGAAGAGGGCUGUUGACUUCAAGUCCCAGGAUGCAUCUGGCUCUUCUUGUGUCCCCACUUUCCCACCAACUCAGGAGAAUCACAGAGCAUGGAGUCGUAGCAAGCAUAUACAGUGGUACCUCGGGUUACAGACGCUUCAGGUUACAGACUCCGCUAACCCAGAAAUAUUACCUCGGGUUAAGAACUUUGCUUCAGGAUGAGAACAGAAAUUGUGCUCCGGUGGCGCGGCGGCAGCAGGAGGCCCCAUUAGAUAAAGUGGUACUUCAGGUUAAGAACAGUUUCAGGUUAAGAACGGACCUCCAGAACAAAUUAAGUUCUUAACCCGAGGUACCACUGUUCCGUAUUUUUCCAUGUGUAAGACUAGGUUUGUUUCCUAAAAAAUAAUGUCAAAAAUUAGAGGGUGUCUUAUACACUGAUACAUCCCCCCCUCAUUUUCUUGAAUCUGAGUCCCCCAAAAUAGGGGGCGUCUUAUACAUGGGGGCGUCUUAUAGACGGAAAAAUACGGCACUUACUAGAGUCAAAGACAUCCUCUGGGACUGCAGAGUCCUAGGCCGACUUUUUGUGUGGCAUCUCUCUCUCUCUUGAUGGUAAUGUGUAAUAUUAAUUCACCUAGUUCAACAGGUUGCAGAGCCCAUCAUACUGCAUUUGGGCCCCUCAUCUCUGCUCAUUAUGCUGAGUAGGACCCUGAAUGUCUGCCCCCAAGUCUUACCCUGAUGGCACAGGAAGGUGUGGAGAGGGCAUUGAUGUGGCAACAUCCUUGUGAACACAGGAGCCAAAGUAGCUCAGCUGGGAGAGCAUUAGACUACAAAUCUGAAGGCCCCCUGGUUUGAUCCCAGGCAAUUUUGCUUGGCAGGGCCCUCCUUGAUGCGAAUGGGCUAUCUUUCAGUGACACACUUUAGGUGUCAAAGGCCCUGCAUUACACCCCUGGCAUCUCAAGUUAAAAGAGUUGGGGGCAGCAGGUAGACAUGGGGAUCAAUUAGGUUUGGUCCACAUUUUAAUGCACGCAUGCUUAACGCACACUUUCUGGAAGAAUACGUGAAGGAAAGCAGUCAUUCUUUGAAAUUCACGCUUCUCCAAAAUUUGCACCGCAGUUCUGCAGCCAAAUAAUGUGUACAAAAAUGCAUAUACCAGAGUAAUGUGUGCUUAUUAAUGCAUUUAAUUAGUGAAAAUAUAAUACGCAGAAUGCAUAUUAGGAAAACAGCUAGCAAACAUGUUUCUAGUAGGUAACGUUACAUAUGAAGAUGUGUGUAUUAGGAGAGAUUUGCACUAAAAUGCUUACAAAUUUAAAAAAUAAAUACCGUAUUUUUGCUCUAUAAGACUCACUUUUUCCCUCCCAAAAAGUAAGGGGAAAUGUGUGUGCGUCUUAUGGAGCAAAUACAGGCUGUGCAGCUAUCCCAGAAGCCAGAACAGCAAGAGGGAUUGCUGCGCAGUGAUCCCUCUUGCUGUUCUGGCUUCUGAGAUUCAGAAUAUUGUUUUUUCUUGUUUUCCUCCUCCAAAAACUAGGUGCGUCUUAUGAUCUGGUGCAUCUUAUAGAGCGAAAAAUAUGGUAGACCACAAGCCCAAUGCAGGCUUCAUCCACACCGUAAGUACAUUUAAAGCACAUUGCUCCCCCCCCAAAAAAAAAUCCUGGAAACUGUAAUUUGUUAAAAGUGCUGGCAAUUAUAGCCAUGUGAUGGGGUAAACUCUAGUUCCCAGGAUUCAAGGGAGCACUUUAAAAGUGUGCUAUGGGUGUGACUGAAGACUGGAAAACUGGAAAGCUGAAAGAAGAUGAACUUAACAGGGUAUUGGAAAGAGCCCCUGCCUGAGAGCCCGGAAAGCUGCUACCAGUCAGAGUACUAGGCUCGAUGGGUAAAUAACCUGUCAUGCAGACUGGCAAUUAGUUAUUUUUCCCCCUUGCUAAUAUGAAAUAUAUUACCGUUUCCCUCCCACACUCAAAACCAUCUAAAAUAGCAUUUCAAAGCAGAGGUUGUUCUAACUUCAGAUGUCCUCCUUUGCCUCCUCAACUCAGCCACCUGCUCUGAGAUUACCUACCCAAAAUAGUCCCAGCUGUGAUCUUGUCUGAUCAGCUUCGGCUUCCAGUUAGUCUCUCCAAGAGGAAGGCAGAUAGAGCAGCUCAACAGCUUCUUCCUCAAUCUGCUAGCUUUAUGGUUUCCUCCUUGAAUUCAUGUCUACCAGAUAUUCCCCUUUUUUGCCCUCAUUGCUUCCUCUUGCACUUGCUUCCAGCAUGUAUGGUUCAGCUGGACGUCUUGAUUCCCAGACCCGGUUUCUUCUGGCUCCCAAUUUCUUUCCAUCCUGUGGUCCUCCAGAUCCCAGCCUGCUUACCUCUUUUACUUUCUGUUCCUGGUGCCAAGUCCCUGUCCUUAUCCUCCUUCCCCAGAUCAACAUGAAGCCCAGACUCAAUCAGGCUCAUUCUCCCCACCCUAAGUGCAUAUAAAUAGGGCCGGUCCUACCAUUAGCCAGACUGAGAAAGCUUCCUCGAGCAGCUGGUUCUGGGAAAUGGGGAAUGAUACUGAGAUGCUGGAGGAGGACAGAGCCAUAUGGGCCAAUAAUAAAUUAUUAUUAUUGGAAAUUUUUAAUGUCUGACGCUGUCUUGUUUUUAAUAUUUGGUUGGAAGCCGCCCAGAGUGGCUGGGGGAAACCAGCCAGAUGGGUAGCGUAUAAAUAAUAAAUUAUUAUUAUUAUUAUUAUUAUUAUUAUUAUUAUUAUUAUUACAUGGCCUGCACAUGCUCUGCAUACCCCUCAAUGAGCCUGCUGCUCUCAGCAGGAAGACAUUGGGCUCAUCCACACUUAGUUUUUGCCCCAUGCUUCCUAGGCACAAGUCUGCACUUUAAAGCAAUUUUCUUCCUCCUGGCCAGUGUGGUGUAGUGGUUAGGAGCAAUGGACCCUAUGGAGAAGGGAGAGGAGAGAGAAAAGGAGGCAUCUAAGGAAAAGAAAUCAAUAAUAAUUAAGGCUCCAGGCUUCAUUUAUUGAUUCUCUUUAUAUUCCACCAGAGAACCAGUGUGGUGUAGUGGUUAAGAGCGGUAGACUUGUAAUCUGGUGAACCGGGUUCGCUUCCCCGCUCCUCCACAUGCAGCUGCUGGGUGACCUUGGGCUAGUCACACUUCUCUGAAGUCUCUCAGCCCCACUCACCUCACAGAGUGUUUGUUGAGGGGGAGGAAGGGAAAGGAGAAUGUUAGCCACUUUGAGACUCCCUAGGGUAGUGAUAAAGCGGGAUAUCAAAUCCAAACUCUUCUUCUUCUGGCAUUUCCCCCAUGAAAACCCAUUCUGAAUCAGAACAAACAGCAAUUUGAGUUUGGUCUGAUUCAGUGACAAAGAGUGAGUUUUUAUGGGGAAAGUACCAGGGCAAACACACACACACACAGAGGACAAGGAGUUUUAAAGUGCCAGCCUGUGGCUAGAAAUGCAGCAACAAAGGAAGUCUGAAGGAGACGCAUUGUCCCACUGCCCCUGCUGAUGUUAAGAUUCAGCUGCUGGUCCAAUUUGCUUCUGAAUAUACAAUGGGAGGAAGACACCAUUUUGUCCUUGACUUCUUGUAGCCAGAUGUAUUGGGACCCCCCCCUGCAUGUAAAUGAGCCUGACCGCAAAAGGAUGCUUCACCUGAAACUCAGGUUUGGUGACAGGUGCUCCUUUUAUGACUUUUGAAACACCAUUUUCGACAGCAAACUGGCGCUUAUUCCGGAGUAAAUGUGCUCAGCGUUGGGGCAGCAGGUACAAACUCUGUUUUAUUCCUGUAGUCAUGACGGUGCUCUGAUUUAAGUGAGUUUAGAAAGGGAAGAGCGUAGAAGCAAGCUGGAAUGGCGGCGAGAGAAGGCAGAAUAAGUGUGAACUGUGAAUCACAACUGAAAUAUGCAUGAUUGUCUAAAGUCCAGGGUCUCAGUUUUGCUUCUGUGUUUGUCGAAUGCUAAGGGGCUUCCGUUUACCACGCCACAGGGUAGUCUGCGCUCUGGCCUCAAAUCACACAUGCAAACGAUUUCGCCUUCUGAUACUUCCUCUUUGACUGUACAGAGGGCAUAGCACAAUCACUGCCUACGCUAAGAUUUCAUCUAAAUUACAAAUGCACAGUGGUUUUAUACCACUUUAAGCAGUUUGGCUUCCCGCAGGGCAUCCUGGGAGCUGUAGUUUGGCGAGGUGUUUUCCACAGACCUACAAUUCCCAGGGUCCUGCUUUCCAUAGGCAUUCCAUAGGCAUCUUGUUGUCCAUUGUAAGAACAGGACGCUUAACUAAAUGAGCCGUUGGCCUGAUACAUCAGGGCUCUUAAGUUCCUAUGGUUCUCUGGGAAGAGGAGGUGGUGGUCUGUAAUGUGAGCAUGCCUGUGAGUGCUGUUCAAGAAAGCCCCUGCUGUCCUGGUGUAUGCACAGUGUACAGUGGUACCUCGGUUACAUACACCUCAGGUUACAUACACUUCAGGUUACAGACUCCGCUAACCCAGAAAUAUUACCUUGGGUUAAGAAAUUUGCUUCAGGAUGAGAACAGAAAUCGUGCUCCGGCGGCGCGGCAGCAGCGGGAGGCCCCAUUAGCUAAAGUGGUGCUUCAGGUUAAGAACAGUUUCAGGUUAAGAACAGACCUCCAGAACGAAUUAAGUACUUAACCUGAGGUACCAUUGUACAUUAUUGUAGUGCACAGGGAAUCAGGCCUGCGUGAGUACAAAGUUUAGAAUGGUUUCUCUUCUUAAAAAAAUUAUGUGCACACUGUGUGCCAAAGUGUGAGAAAAUAUUUUGUGUAAUUCAUUUUUUGAGAUACAAGCCAAGAUCCCCAACUGCCUUGAGAAGGAAACACUUUCUGAAUCAUAACAAUUAUGCUCCUUGGGGUUUGUGUUAUCAAGCGAAUGUUUGCUUUCCAUACUUCUGCAAACAGAAAAGGAUUUCCAUUGUAUCUCCUCAAGAGCUUAUUAUUUUACUGUGUGUGUGUGUGUGUGUGUGUUUGUGAUUAUACCAGAAAUGCAAGCGGGGGGCGGGAGGAGGGAAGGAAAACAGUUGUGUGUUCUGGUUUGCGCCUCUGAAUUGAUAGAUUUCUCACCUGCCAGAGUGUCGGAGGGGGUGGGGAAAGGCCUAGCGGAAAGUGUGCACUUUGGGGGUUGAAAGGCAACCAGUCAGCCAUGCAAACCCUUGCAGGGUGACAAACUCUUUUCAGUGGAAAGUUGGCUCAGUGGACAGUCCUAGUGACUCAUCUAAAAAAAGUCCUUUCCAACUAACUUUGGAGAGGUAGUGUGAGUGAAGCUUGGCAGGUUCUCAAAAGAGGGCUCAGCUCCUUUGUGAUCUGAAUAUCCGUGACGGGCUGUUGCCAAUAAACCCUUUCAAAAUCCCUCAGCAAACUCUCGGGGGCUUUGGACAUUUCUCCUUGGUUAACGUUGCCUUUCACUGUGGUUUUUGAAAAAACCUUGGGUGCCUCUGAAGUUUAUCCAAGGUCUGAAAUAGCCACUUCCUUCAAUGUCGUGCCCAUGAGAUGUCGCUGGACUACAAUUCCCACCAUCCUCAAAGCAUUGGCGAUUCCAGCUGGGGGCAUCUGAUGGGAGUUGGAGCCCAACAACAUCCUGGAGGGCACCAGGUUGGGGAAGGCUGGUCUGAAGAUGGUACGGGAGGCAGCUGCCUUACUUUAUUUAUCCAAUAUUUACAGAGAGAGCCUCUUGGAAUAAUGGUGUUGUCCCGAGUAAUCUCCACACACACCCUUCUCUUCCACUUCUCCUUUCAUCAACAGCACCACCCCCACUACGGUUGCCACUUAGGGUCAUCCGUCUCUGAGUCCUUUGGUCUCCUACUUUUAAGGUUCACCAGGUUCUGGGAGCUUGGGAAUUGUAGUCCCAAACAUCUGGAGGGGGGAGUUUGCCUAUGCCUGCAUUAAACUGUUGCAGACUAACUCUGAGGUAGACGGAAGCAGCAGAGCACAACUGUUAAGACUGUUCUAUUAACUGCCAUAACUGUACCAACUGAAAAUAACUGCCACGGAGUGUUUGACAUCAUAGAGUUCUACAGCCCUUGCAAUCAAUUCUUUGCAUAUGCAUUUUGGAUGCUAACAUCCCACAGGUAUCACAUUUCUGAAUACAUUCUCAAGCAGGCAGAGCCAUUCUGACAACACCACCUCAUUCUGUCGCAAGGAUAGACCAGGCCAGAGUCAGAGGUCAUAUUUGCAAUCAGUUUUCAGCAUCAGUCCCAGGGAGAGAGACAUGAAAUAACAGGUUAAAAUCGGGCAGGCGUGUUUAUGAAGACUUCUGACAAUUGUGGACAGUAAAAUUACGGGGCACGUUAUCUUUCCUCGAUAACCAUUAAUUGCCCUUGAAGCUUGUCGGCAGGUGAGACCGUGAACGUGCUGGAGGUGAAGAAUGAAAUCUGGCUUGUGUUUAAAUCACUUCUCUUUAAGAACAAACUAAUAAUAAUAAUAAUACAUGCUCCCUUCCUCAGUUCUGGAAGGCAUGUGCCAACAUUUCUUAUCUCAUGGUAAGAAUCGGCCCCUGACAAGAUGCAGAGCAGGGAGGAGAAAGACCUCACACCAAUUUGAAGCUCCCAAAGCAAGAUUCCUCCUGACUGUCUAUCAUUCCUAUGACUGCCGUGGUGCUUGGUGCAACACACAGAACAGCGAUAAGCAUGUUUCUGUGGUGGAGGAAGCCAAGAGAGUGGGAAGGAGUUGCAUCUCAGUUGCUUCAGGAGCCAAGGUUUUGCAGAGAGAGAGAGAGAGAGAGAGAGAGAGAGAGAGAGAGAGAGAAUGUCCUCUGUCUGUGCCAUCAAUCUGCUUGGCAUUAAUUUCCCUUGUCUGUUCUUAAGGUUCUCAUGAUCUCAAGUCCUCUAGGACAUGCUGAUUUUCCUUGUAAGAUUUAAAUGCAUUCCCCCUCUGCAAUUGCACUUGCAAGUAAGACAUCAGGGGUCCCUUGAGUCUGUGCCAGGUGGAAAGCUACACUCCCAGUACGCUAUCUGGGAAGAGCCGACCACACAACAAUUUGGUUAAAUGGUGUUUAUUAUAAAUGGGGGAAAGGAUCCGUUUCCCCAAAAUAUAACCCCCUCCCCUACAAAGCAGUAUUCUUUUCUGGAGAGAUGAAUCAACACUGCUGUCUCUUUUUCCUUGUCCCUGCUGAUAAUACAGAGUUGCCCAAGUGUUCUUCUGAGCAAGGAUGGCCAAAUCUGACAGUUUUUGCUUCUCCCCAUUUCUCCCCCCCCCAAAAAAAAAUUCAGCUCACUUUUAAACAUCAGCUUGCACUUUCUUCUAAGUCCUCAUGAACAUUUGUCAAAAUAUGAGUGUGAAUUUCUCCUAAUAGUAAUGCUUGCAUGCAGUUCUGCCUAAUAUCCACAUUUUCUGCAAGGCAUUUUCUUCCUAACAGAGUGCAUUUUGUAUGUUAUUUUCACUAAUAUAUGCAAUUGCAUGCAUACUGUACCCUAGCAUAUGCACUUUUGUGCUUGGCUGAAAAACAGCACUGAAAAAUUAAGAGAAGAGGGGAUUUUGAACGAUGGCUGUGUCUUGGUCUCAUAUUGUUUCAGAAAGUACAAAUUAAAUGUGGUCUGAAUCAUAUUUCUCUCCCCCCCCCAUCCCUACAUCCCAUGCUACUCCCCGAUGUUCCAAAGACGGUUCAGAGAUAAAUGCACAAUUUGCUGGUGAUUCUGUCAAUGUCAACUGUAAACUUACUUAAUUCUCUGGAGACGAAUUCUUUAACAGAAGAGGCUAUUGCCUCAUACAGUGGCUCCAGAAAGAUAAAUGAAGAAUGGAGUGGGGGGGGGCUGUGGCGGGAGACUAUGUGAUGAUGAGCAAGUGAUGUUAAGUGAAGAUAAAUGCUUCUGGCCCAUUUCUGCAAGGUGAAAGGUACAGACGCCAUCUGUGAUCAACAGGACUCUGUAAGAGAAUACCUUUUAAAAUUUCUGCUUCACAUAUCUGCAGGCUGGGGAAAGGUGGCUGGCCAGAGAGAGGCACAGAUUACUAUUUCACAAGAUUGUGGCAACAUGUUUUACAUAUACAGAGACAGAAGUGAAAUAGAGAGGCAGAGAGAGAGAAUAGGCAGAGAAAAUUAUUUGUGAUAAAGGAGCUGGACAAUUUGUGACAUCCAGUUGUGAGAAUGCUUGGAUUGCAGAGUGAUGAGAGUGCAAGCAUUGAUUUCAAAAAUUAUUUGGUGGGCUAGAGCAUCAGACAGAGAGCUUGCUGGUGAAGCUUAUUCACUGCCAUAACAGUCAUGCUGUUUUAAUAGAAACCUUUUUUAUUAUCUGUGAAAUGCCAAGACAUGGGUCACCCAUGUUUUGGGACCUAUGAGCUCAUGUGUGAAACUGUUGUGAGCAGGGGUGGAAGGAUUUGUCAACCUUGGUUCUCUCAUUUUUCCAAUUUUAAAUCCAGCUUUUCCACAUUUCUGCAGCAGUUUGUGGUUGGUUGGUUUUAAGCAAAAUCCUCACGAAAAUUAUCCAGUGUGUUAGUGCUAAUUUCUCCUAAUAUACACAUUUUUGUAUUCAUUUUUGCCUAAUACACGAUUUCUUGAAAGUAUAUUUUCCUUAAUACUUAGUUUUCCCCUAAGAUAAUGCAUGCUUGUAUGUUAUUUCUUAUAAUAUAUACAUCAUAUGCACUGUUUAAUAUAAUAAUUUGUGUACAAAUCACUUGCAUUGCAAAAUUCGGAGGAGUGCAAAUUUCAAAAGGUGGGUGUUUCCAUUUGUAUAUUGUGAGAAUUAGAUUUGCCUUUAAAUGCAAACUGAAUUCAACUUCUCCUGCAUCCCUACCCACUACCCCACUUGUUACAAUUCAAUUUCUUCCCUGUUUCCCCAAACAACUGGUCUUAUGAAACAUACUGAAGCAAAAGAGCAUUAAACAACAUAACAAAACAAGUUGAAUAGAUACAUUAUCUAUCAUGUUACGCGCCCAGAUUACAUUCUCAGAUACUUCCUUGAGUAAGAACAUUCUCACCUCUUACUUACAGUUCCCCACAAAUGUCUUAAUUAUGGUUCCAUGUGGCCCUCUCCCAUAAACUCCAAAUUCCUUAGUCUGCCAACAUUUCCUGCAAGAGUAUUUCCCCUUUCCACAAUGCCCCUGAAUUACUGACAUUCCAACAUGCCUAUAUCCAUCUCUGUGGUGUCAUAGCUUUGUUUCAUCUUUGGGAAAUUUUCUGUGCCUAUGAAGUUGGUACUAAGUUAAAAAAAAAAGCUUGUGAGGUUGCUGAGGAUUCCCCCUCUCUGCUUCCCAACCUGUGCAUCUUAUAAUAGCUCCUGAAACUGAUCUCACAUAUCUUCCUGUGGUGCACGUUCAGUCUUUCCCCAACCCAUUCAAACACUACCAUCCAUACAUCUGGGCAGCAUUUUCCACCACCUUUGAGAAUUUCCUGGUUCUUUAUUCUUUUUCGUUAUCUGCGCUGAACUCUGCUACAUUCUUUGCAACAUCAUCAUCUGAGGAGCCUUUUUGGUUCUGGGUUUCCUCUUCUCUCUUCCUUCACACCACCAGCAGCUUUAGUACGUUUCGGUGUCCUGUCUUGCUCAUUUCCCCAGAAACAUUUGUCAUUACAAAGACUGGCGAGUUUUCAAAUGUUGCCUUAACAACUUUUUAAAUAUCUUUCUCCCAGUAAUCUUCCAACUUAUUUCUUCUUUCCUUUUUCAGAAAAACACAACCACCUGUUUUUAUUUCUGUCUUUUUUAAAAUCCUGAGUUGCAAUUCUGCUUUUGUUUCUCGCUCUUUAUCUGUGUCUACCCUUUCUUGCUUACAUAAGCUUUGCCAUUUUCUGUGAUGACAGUCUAGUCAAUAAUUGGGCAUGUGGUUGUUCACUGAUUUUCAUCUUUCCCUAAGGAGACAAUAUAGGCUGGCACUCUCUCCCCAAGUCCCCACAAACUACAGUUUUGGAGAACAAUACAUCCAUUGUUAGUAGCUCCAUCUAUGAAGUUCUUGAGGAAGAGCUUAGCUUAGAGCAUGGGUAGGCAACCUAAGGCCCAGGGGCCGGAUGCGGCCCAAUCACCUUCUAAAUCUGGCCCGCAGACAGUCCGGGAAUCAGCGUGUUUUUACAUGAGUAGAAUGUGUCCUUUUAUUUAAAAUGCAUCUCUGGGUUAUUUGUGGGGCCUGCCUGGUGUUUUUACAUGAGUAGAAUGUGUGCUUUUAUUUAAAAUGCAUCUCUGGGUUAUUUGUGGGGCAUAGGACUUCGUUUUUUAAUUUUAUUUUCAAAAUAUAGUCCGGCCCCCCACAAGGUCUGAGGGACAGUGGACUGGCCCCCUGCUGAAAAAGUUUGCUGGCCCCUGGCUCAGAUGAAUUUAGUUUUGAAAAGCACAAAGAUCAACAUAGUUUUGAAAAGAUCAACCAGACAUUUUAAGGGAGUGGUCUUCAGCGCCCAUCUGUGAGAAACUCUCUACUUGUUCUGAUGGAGCAUGAAAAGAGGUGCAGCACACCCAGGAGAUCAUUUGCUGUGUUUGGAGAAAUUGUUGUAAUUGUUUCCCAACAGUAGCUACCACAUAUGUGCAUAUAUUUUCAUUUUACAUGCAGUCUUGUUUUGUCAAUUAAUAAAUUUCUUUUAUACCAAUUUCACCAGGGUGUGUUUUUUUUAUGUGACUUUGUCUGUUGUUGUUUUUCCAUAUUUUGGGGGGCUAUGGGUGGUAUGCAACUAAUGCAUCCCAUUAGUGCAAGAAUUUCCACUUGUGCAAUGGGUCUUCCUGCACUCUCCUCCCUGCCAUGUGCCCUGCACUGUCCCCAGAUCUGCUCUGGAGAAUUGGAGGAAUCCCUGCAGCAGAUUUAUGGGGGUGGGGGAGGAGAGUGGGGAAGUCCCAUUGCACAAGUGGAAAUCCUUGUACUGAUGUGUUACUCAGCACUAAUAUGAAUACAACCCCUUCCUCUCUGUCUCAAUUUUUUUCUGGUGAUGGGACCCAGUUCCUAAAGUUGUCAUCACAGACUUAUCAAACGGCCCGUAAUUUUGAUAGUUGAGGUGUUUUGUAGUGAUGGGGCUUGUGUUUUACAUGGUUUCCUGGGUGUACAGCCUCCCUGAGGAUCCCUUUUAUAGGAUCCUGUCAAUGACAGAGGUGUAGGACACAAUUUGCCCUGGCCAGACUUUAGCCUUCCCCAUAUAAAUGAAUUCUAGUCACGAAUGGUGACUGCAGGAACUAAGAACCUGGCCUCUCCUACCUGCCAGCCAAGCUUCUGUUUUGUGGCGUGCAAGAGUGUGAUUCAUUCAUUCUCUGGCAGUGCUUGUCUGUUUAUCUAUCAGAAGAUCACACUAUUUGUGCAGUCAGGCAUCAAUGUUUACGGCAUUUUGCAGAAGAACAUAAGAUAAAGCAACAGUUUCUUGCCCUAAAGAGCUUACAAUGUGAUUUUUGACAAAGGUGUGAAGAGGAGGGAGAGAGAUGAGAGGCUGUGGGAAAGUAGAGGGUCAGUGGCGAGGCACGGGAAAACUGAGGAUCAAUGGGGGACACAGGGAAGUUGAUGGUCAAUAGAAGAUAUGGGGUGGGUUGAGAGACAGGGAAUAUUUGUGAGCAAGUAGAGUCAUAUAUACUUAUUCUAUGUUUUUGUUGUGGAUUUGAAGUAAGUGCUGGGCCAAAAACUUCAUAUAUCUCUGGUGGGUUGUCUAGAUGCACAUUGUUUACUCCUGAAUUAUUUACUCCAUUCAUUUGGGUGGGAAGGAGGCACUGGUUAUUUCCUUGUGUUGCUAGUCUUCCCAGUCCCCACAGCUUGGCAUGGGUUACAAUGAACACAUUGCUGGGCAGAAACAGCUUAAAACAAUAUAUCUUUAUCAAAACUCCAUCUCUCUGGAAUUGGCCAGCAACAAGAGAGUCUGAUGCGGUGAAAUGCAUGGGGUUAAUAUGGACUUGGGCACAAGCCCAUGGGCAGCUCCAUCAAGGACUGGAUGACAGACCACAGCAGCACCUUGUAAAACUGCACCCAAACCUCAGGGGAAUGAAUCUUCAGAUACGUAUAAAAUAAUGUUCAUUGGAUAUAAUUUUUGUCCAAGGAUUAGUGAGCCAACCACAUUGCCUUAACAGGCUUUUCGCUGGACGGCUUUGAAACUGGCAGAUGGUUUUAUUUCCUCCAGCCAGGUAUUUGUCAUCAGUUGCAAAAUGUUUAAAAUAUGUGUGGGUCAGUAGAAAUAUUUACAGAACAAUCUCUGGCAAAGACAAGGCAGUUUCCUGGUGCUUGCGUUUAAAACAGAGGCGAGAUGAGGGUGAAAGGGAACAGUGUGUAGCAGACUGGUAGAUUAGUGUUUUGCAAAACUUUUACUGGUGGUCCAGAUUCAAAGUUAUGACUUGAAAUGCCGCUUUCGACUCAAAUGGGCUUUGAAUUGAGGCUGUAAAGCAGGAAUUGGAAGACCACAGGCCUUGGGAUUGAAUGUGCUCUCCAAAGACUUCUGCCUGGUCCUGAGGACGCUCCCCAGUCUAUAGCCUACUUUCCAGGCCCCAUUUCUCCUGAAGCUACACCUCUCCCAGGCCCUGUUCCUUACACUUUGAAUGCUUUGCCUGGCUGGAAACUGUCCUCCAGCUGUGAUCGUGCUUUUAGCUUGCCUGGAUGGAAGAUGGACAGGUGGGUGGGUGGGGCUGCUCGAUGUAGAACCAUCUGAUCUUGUGCAGUUGGCAGAUAGUAGUCUAUUGUACAAAGGUAAGAGUCAGAUCUGUGGCUCUGGCUGUGCCUAGUGUUGCCGCUGGCCACACCCACAGCUGGCAUUCAGCCCCUUGGGAAGGUUUCCCAUGAGGGAAUGGAGUCUUUGGGCUGAAAAUAGCUCUCCAGCCCUGCUGUAAAGCCGGGACAAUCCAGCAGGAACACCAUUAUGGGAGUGCAAUCCUUGGACCAUUCUCAUACCACACAAUUACUUCUCAAAAAAAUGUCUCUGUCUCUGGUCAGCUUACUAGUUCUCCAUUGAUAUCUGAAGGGCUGUACUGUAGACAGAUAUUUUGUGGCAAACGGUGCAUAAAGGUACAAUAAUAAAAAGUUAAAAUUAAAUUGGCCUCUCUCACCAUACAACUGGCAGGUGGAAAGGCCUGAACCCAAUACCUUAAACUCAUAUGUUGCCUUCUAUCAGCCACCAGCAACCUGGUACCCUCCAGAUAUUCUGCAGCAUAGCCAUCAACCCCAGCUCUUUCCUGUUGCCUGGUACCUGAGACCCUUUAAACUGGAGAUGCCAUGAAUUGAGCCCAGGCCCUUCUGUGUGUGCAAUGUUGGUGCUUGACCACUGGGUGACAUACCCUCCCCUCAGGAUUGAAGGUGCCGGGUUGAACUCUCUGAAGGGGGAAAUUCAUAAACAAGGUGCCACCUCUGGCAGUGGAGGCCUCUGUUAAAAAUUAGCUACCAUUAGAGAUCUUGCUUAUACCUGCUAAAGGCAAAGAUCCUUUUGUUUGUUUGUUUUUUAAUAUAAUUUUUAUUCAGUUUUCUGUUUUACAAUUUAAAGUGCAUCCUUAAGAUAUCAAGGACUUCCCUUCUGCUUUUUCCAAGGUUCAUUUUACAUAUCAUAAAUCCCUGCAUAUUUUACAAAAACUAUACCGUUCAGCAUUCCAUCAUUACAUCCAUCAAAACUUACACUGUUGAAUUUAUCUUAAUGCUGCCAGCGUUUUCAGCUGUACACAGUAAUUUCCCAUAUAUUCAAUAAACGUUUUCCAAUCUUCUCUAAAUGUAUGUUCUUCUUAUUCUCUUAUUCUAUAUGUUGUCUGCAAGCUGCACAUAUUCUGUUAAAAGGCAAUAAGCAGCGUUUUUAUGUGGAAUGGCACAUAUCUGUGUUUCCCCAUUUCUGCUCACUACCUUCUGGGUCUGUGGCUCGGUGGUAGAGCACUUGCUUUCCAUGCAAAAGGUUCCUGGUUCCAUCCCCAGCAUCUCCAGGAAGACCUGGGUGAGACCCCUGCUUGAAACCCUGGAGAGCAGCUGCCAGACAGUAUGGACAGUAUUGAACUAGAUGGGCCAGAAUCUGUAUAAAUCAGCUUGCUUCCUGCAUCCAACCAUUCAAGUUGUUUAUGUUUUGAUAUGGCUUUAAUGAGAGAGGGUGAAGCUGGACUCCUCUGAAAAGGAACGGGACUGUUACCUGUUUGAUUAGUUAGAACUUGGUUGGGAAGGAAGCACUGGUUAUCAGCUCAGGUAUGCCUACCGAUUGCAGUCAAAGCCCUGCGCCGCGGAAAUUGCUGCCGUCAAUGGAUUUAUCAAUAUUUCCUUACGCCCAUAAGCUUUGAUACAGUGUCAAGUCAUCGCCGCCAAAUACUUUGCAUGUGAUAAAGCUUACCUGUUUCAGAUACAGAAGUGAGUUGUGUUUCCUUGUGACUCACACUAUCGCAAGGCUUCAGAGUGGCUUCUUGGCUGACUGCCGGGUUGAUUAUUCAGAGGAGGUUUUAUAGCAAGCCAUGGGCUCAGACCUCACAAUUUGCAAUUGUUUUAAUUCGCUAGAAAAGAGAGAGGAAGGAAUGGUCAGGGUAUGUCUACACUGCACAUUUAAUCCAGCUUCAAACUGGGUGCAGGGGGGACAUGUGGAAGGGAGCAAGGGGAAAUUCUAUUGCACAAGUGGAAGGUGUUCCACUCAUCCAAUAUUUGAAGCACCGAGAGAGAAAAAUAAUUAUCAUCUUCCCCUCCCAGGUUCUGCACCCGAGCAGCCCCCGCCCCCAACCCGCCCCUAUCAAGGUGUCCGUGUCAAAGAGCCCGUAAAGGAACUCCUAAAGCGAAAGCGUGGCAGUGUUCAGAAUGCAAACGUGGCCAAUGCUGGGGCAGCGACGACGGUAAGAAGAGCUGUGGGCAAAACCACAAUUUGUGGGCAAGAUCCUCUUCCUCUCUGAAUCUCCUUGUUGAUUCAUAUGGGUUUCCAUCAUGAUGUCACCUACGCCAAGCUUGGUGUCUUAUGCUCAGAGCUGGCGGGCUAAGCAGAUCUGAAAUCGAGCUUUGUACAAAGCUCAAGUGGCAAAAAUCUGAUUUUAUAAACUGAGCCAGGAGAAGCAGCACUUGCAAACAGCUGAAAUGAAAGGUGGCCUGUUGUGGGGCAGCGUGGCUUGCGGAAUUCCCACCCCACUCUUUCUGCCCUUUCGUUCUCCAAACAAAAGCCUUUAUUUGAUUUGGUCAUAAGAUUUCUUACCCACCCUUCACCAUCAGGACCCGAGAUGGGUUCUCACAAUAUAAUACAGUUACAAGAGCAAGUAAAACCAUUAUUAUUAUUAUUAUUAUUAUUAUUAAUCAAAACUGAUGAGGUGGGUCCCGCAAAACAAAACACCUUAACUGUCAGAGGCCAGGGUAAAGAGGUGGAUCUUCAGCGUUUGUGGUAAGCUAUACAACAAAGAUUCUAGACAAACCUCUGUCAGGAGGAGUUCCACAACUGAGGUGCUGCCACAGAGAAAGCCUUCUCCCAGGUUGUCAUUCCCUGCUCUUCUGAGGGUAGCAGAAUGACCAAGGCCACAUCACGCCCUGCAUUUAAAGCAUCGUGGUACCACUUUUAACAGCCAUGGCUUCCCCCAAAGAAUUCUGGGAGAUGCAUCUUGUUAAGAGCGGUUACAAUUCUCAGAGUGGUUUAAUAAUCAACUCCUCUUCACAAGGAGCUCUGGGGAAUGGGGUGGGGGGAGAGAUGGCUUUCUAACAACUCUCAGCACCCUUAACAAACUACAGCUACCAGAAUUCUUUGGGGGAAGUGACAUAAUGGUGCUUUAAAUGUAAGGUGUAUGGGCAGCCUAAGAGAGCUCCCUACUGCCCUGUCCAUAUGCUGUGCCUGAAAGCUCAUUAGGUGGCCUUGAAGUUUGAUCACAGUUUAAAUAUCACUGAAAUGAGUUUCCUAGUUGACCUCUGAGUAAUAUUUUCUCUGGUAUUUCGUUUUCUUAAAUAGCUGAUGUCAAACUAUUAUUUUCCUUUAGGUAUUUUUCCCCCAUCAGCCUGUCCCUUCCUAUUCACCCACUGGUAAGUGUCUCAGCAUUCUGUUCUAUUCUAUUUUUUGCUUUUGUUUCUACUUCUUUGCUCAUCUGUUUGUUUCUGACCUUCUCACAGCUUAACUCUCAAGUACAGCUGGGGGAGAAAUUCAGUUCGUAUUUAGAAGCAAACCUUCCUAACUGGCCUUUUUACAAAGCUAGCUGUGAGCCGAAACACAACCAUACUUUGAAAUUUGCACCUUUCCACUUUGUGCUGUGCAGAUCUCCCAGUCAAGUAAUGUGUUUCUAAAAAUGAAUAUUUUAGUGAAAAGAGUGUACAAAAUAUAUGCAGGGAAAACAAACGGUUUGCAAAAAAAAAAAAAAAAAGUGUCUAUCAGGCAAAAUUGCAUAGGAAAAUCUGUAUGUUAAACCUUUGCACUAAAAUGCUGAUGAAUUCUGAGGACCUUAAAAAACAACAACCCUAAGUGGAAAUGACUUAAGAUUGGAAAAAAUGAGAAGCUGAAACUAACAGAUUUGCCUCUCCCUACCUUCAAGACUCUCCUCUCUCCACAGGCCAAGUCUGCACAGAUUCGGAUUUUGUCACUUCUGCACUGCCAGUGAUGGAUGAUGGGUCGCUGUAUUCCGGGUGGUUAACACAACCUUCUCCAGCCUCUCUGCAGCCUUUGACCCAGUGGACCACCUACCCAGAUUAUGUCUCCCAUGAAGCUGUCAGCUGUCCUUAUUCAGCAGACAUGUAUGUCCAGCCCAUGUGCCCAAGUUACACACUCGUUGGAACAUCUUCCGUGCUCACUUAUGCAUCUCAGCCACUGAUCACAAACUUUGCGGUGAGUCUGGCUGGGUCACUGCAAUGGACCAGUUCUACUAAUUUCUUACAGUUUUAUUGAACAUGAUUUAUAUACCUCCUAACAACACUGGGACAUGGGUGGCGCUGUGGGUUAAACCACAGAGCCUAGGACUUGCCGAUCAGAAGGUUGGCAGUUCGAAUCCCUGCGACGGGGUGAGCUCCCGUUGCUCGGUCCCUGCUCCUGCCAACCUAGCAGUUUGGAAGCAUGUCAAAGUGCAAGUAGAUAAAUAGGUACCGCUCUGGCGGGGAGGUAAACACCGUUUCCGUGUGCUGCUCUGGUUCGCCAGAAGCGGCUUAGUCAUGCUGGCCACAUGACCUGGAAGCUGUACGCCGGCUCCCUCGGCCAAUAAAGCGAGAUGAGCGCCGCAACCCCAGAGUUGUCCGCGACUGGACCUAAUGGUCAGGGAUCCCUUUACCUUUACCUUUAACAACAACAACAGCCUCUAGGUGGUUUAACUUAAAACAAUAUCAGCCAUUCAUAAGAUGUCACAGAUAAAAUCAGCAAACUUUAAAAACAAAGAGACAAGAAAAUGAUCAAAAUAUUGAUGAAAAGCAACAGUUUUAAAUACAAAUGACCUUGACAGAUUAGAGAACUGGGCCAAAACAAACAAGAUGAAUUUUAACAGGGAGAAAUGUAAAGUAUUGCACUUGGGCAAAAAAAAUGAGAGGCACAAAUACAAGAUGGGUGACACCUGGCUUGAGAGCAGUACAUGUGAAAAGGAUCUUGGAGUCUUGGUUGACCACAAACUUGACAUGAGCCAACAGUGUGACGUGGCAGCUAAAAAAGCCAAUGCAAUUCUGGGCUGCAUCAAUAGGAGUAUAGCAUCUAGGUCAAGGGAAGUAAUAGUGCCACUGUAUUCUGCUCUGGUCAGACCUCACCUGGAGUACUGUGUCCAGUUCUGGGCACCACAGUUCAAGAAGGACACUGACAAACUGGAACGUGUCCAGAGGAGGGCAACCAAAAUGGUCAAAGGCCUGGAAACGAUGCCUUAUGAAGAACGGCUAAGGGAGCUGGGCAUGUUUAGCCUGGAGAAGAGGAGGUUAAGGGGUGAUAUGAUAGCCAUGUUCAAAUAUAUAAAAGGAUGUCACAUAGAGGAGGGAGAAAGGUUGUUUUCUGCUGCUCCAGAGAAGCGGACACGGAGCAAUGGAUCCAAACUACAAGAAGGAAGAUUCCACCUAAACAUUAGGAAGAACUUCCUGACAGUAAGAGCUGUUCGACAGUGGAAUUUGCUGCCAAGGAGUGUGGUGGAGUCUCCUUCUUUGGAGGUCUUUAAGCAGAGGCUUGACAACCAUAUGUCAGGAGUGCUCUGAUGGUGUUUCCUGCUUGGCAGGGGGUUGGACUCGAUGGCCCUUGUGGUCUCUUCCAACUCUAUGAUUCUUUGAUUCUAUGAAAUACACAUAAUAAAAUUAUAUUUUUGGUUAGGCUAAGCAAUGAAGCUUUUAGCAGUUGUAGAAAAGGGUGCAACGAAGGCACCUGCUUCAGGGAGUUCCAAAGAGAAGAUGCUGCUACUCUGAAGGGGCAAUUCUAUUUUUACAAGUGCAGAGCAAGCAAUGUUUGGCAGUUGCAAGAAUGCCAGUUUCAUAGAUCAAAGUGGUCAAGUGGGAUAAGGUGGUCCUUCAAGCAAGCUGGUGUCGGGCUGCUGAGGGCUUGGUGAAAUAUUUCCCUCAAGAUUGCACAUUAAGUAUUGUUGAAAUCAAGUAUCAUUGGGUGACAAAUACACAUUGUAUGCAAUAUCCAGUAAGCAUUCAUCAGAUAUUUAAAUAUACAGCGAAUGUUUGACAUCACAAUUCUCAGAAGACCAUCACAAAGGGAUUAUUUUCCUGAUGCAAAUCCUCUUCGACUCUAAUUUAAGCACAGGCUGUUAUAGAAUUAAGCUUCCUCAUGUGAGAAGUAAAAAAUUAAGAUCAUUGUGUGCACCUCGGGGGGGGGGAAUGAGAGAGAAAGUGAGAGUAUAGUCAUCAGCUUAGUAUUGGCUUUGACUAGCAAAGAAUCUCAUCGCUGCGACUGGCAGCUUCUGAAUUGCUGUAACUGAAGAGUGCCAUAAAUUGCAUUGUUCUGUCUUGCUACCCAAAAUAUCAAAUAUCGGAUCUGAAUAUUCGCAGGGAGCACCUGGAGCCUUUUCUUCCUGGUCUGUUUCCACACAAUAUUUUUACAACAUUGUUUGUAGCUAUAUUUCAAAUGCCAUGAAUAAUUAUUUUAUUUGAUGGUUUUCAGGGUGCUUUACAGUUGUUGUUUUUUAAACAACACUUUGCACAAGACCAACUGUAUAUAGCAAAAGCAGCACUGAGGCCUAUUUCCCAGCCAAAGACCUGAUCACCCAUUGAUUUCAGACAUGAUCAAGAGGGACAGUCUGCAGAUACUGGGCUGUCUUCCACACUGAAGCCCACGGGGCUGGAAUUUCUUGCAAAUGUAGUUGUUGCUGUCAGAGAUCAACACGGCCUCAUGCUAUGUGCCACAGCAAAGUGGGAGGAACUUAGAUCACAUGUUCUGUUCUUCUCUUGUAGAUGCUUCACUCAGCUACGGGUAUGCACACCUCCACAAAUGAUUGAUCCAAGUUAAUGCCACAAUGCCUCCAUUAAUUUCUAUAUGGGGAAGGAAGAGGCAGCAUCCCUAGAAACAGCUGAGGGGAGGGAGGAAUCUUGUUGCCCCACAGCAAGGAGCCUGUUAGGGAGCCCUGGGCUUGCCGAUCGGAUCGGAAGGUUGGCGGUUCGAAUCCCAAUGACGGGGUGAGCUUCCGCUGCUCGGUCCCUGCUGCUGCCAACCUAGCAGUUCAAAAGCAUGUCAAAGUGCAAGUAGAUAAAUAGGUACUCCGGCGGGAAGGUAAACGACGUUUCCGUGCGCUGCUCUGGUUCGCCAGAAGUGGCUUAGUCAUGCUGUCCACCUGACCCAGAAGCUGUACGCUGGCUCCUUCGGCCAAUAAAGCGAGAUGAGCGCCGCAACCCCAAAGUCGGCCACGACUGGACCUAUUGGUCAGGUGUUCCUUUACCGUUACCUUUAAGGACCCUGUUAUUCCAAGGGUGCCUAGUAGCAGGUGGGCUUCUUGACCCAUCAGCCAUGUUAAGGAAUCCAGCCUAUUUCCCACCAUGCAAGUUAACAAAUACAUAACUCUCCCAUUUGUAUGCAUGGGGAAGAGGAAGGUUUUCUGUUCUGGGUUGGGAACGAACACACAAACUGAGGCGGUUUCUGGUACAGUUUGGAAAUCCUCGGAUUUCUCUGCCGUCUCUCUUGGCAGGUCCAGAAGUUGAGAACCUAAGAAAGUAAUGCAAGGAGAGUUAAUUGGGAGUAGGCUGUAAGGCUCAAAGGAAGCUGUUUCAUACCAAGGUCAGACUCUUUGUCCUUCCAGCCCAGAGUCAACCACACUGGCUAGCAGUGGCAAAGAUCUUUCCUGUCAACACUUACUUGACCUUUUCUAAAACUGGAGCUGCCAGGGAUUGAAUGUGAAACCUUCUGCAUGCAAAGCAAGUACUCUGCCAUUGUUGUUGUUUCUCUCUCCUCCCAGGAUUUCAUGGCAUCAGUUAGCAGAAUUUAUUUAUUCAUUAGCCCUGGGCAGCUGCCAUGGUUUUUUGCCAACUCCCAUUUUAUCCUCCGGCAAUGUCCCCCAUGAAGCAGGUGAGGUUGAGAGUGAGUGAUUGGCCCAGCAGCAGUUGGUGGGGUGUGGGGCAAAGUCACAGAGCCCCUCCUGACGCGAACGGCAUUACUGUUUAUAUGGAUGAGGCUCAGGCAGGCUGCUGCUUCUUUAGCAGAGUGGCAAUGAGGUUAGAGCCAUGUGGACACAUAAGCAUGACAGAAUUAUUUAUAUGACCUUUGCAGACUAAAAAAGAAAAUCCAGUGAUAGCGGAUUCUGCUCUUAUUUGCUUGUGCAAUUUCUGCUCCUGAGCUGUGGGUGAGCAAGCAAAUUGUGGCAAUUUCCAUUUCUGAUGGUAUCCUCCCAGAUUCCUAGCCAAAGGUCGCCUAGGGAGCUAAUGGCUGAUUGGAGAUUUGAACCUGGGUCUUCCCAAUCCUAGGCCAACACUCUACUGCAGGGGUGCAAAACCCAAGGGCCUCCAGAUGUUAGAACUCCCAUCAACCUUGACUACUGGCCCUCUUGGGUGGGCCUAAGGGAGUUGGAGCUCAACAACACCCACGUUCCCCAUCUGUGGCCUAGUUACUCAACCACACUGUUGUUGUUGUUUAGUCAUUUAGUCGUGUCCGACUCUUCGUGACCUCAUGGACCAGAGCACGCCAGACACUCCUGUCUUCCACUGCCUCCCGCAGUUUGGUCAAACUGAUGCUGGUAGCUUCAACAACACUGUCCAACCAUCUCAUCCUCUGUUAUCCCCUUCUCCUUGUGCCCUCCAUCUUUCCCAAAAUCAGGGUCUUUUCCAGGGAGUCUUCUCUUCUCAUGAGGUGGCCAAAGUAUUGGAGCCUCAGCUUCACUAUCUGUCCUUCCAGUGAGCACUCAGGACUGAUUUCCUUAAGAAUGGAUAGGUUUCAUCUUCUUGCAGUCCAUGGGACUCUCAAGAGUCUCCUCCAGCACCAUAAUUCAAAAGCAUCAAUUCUUCAGCCUUCUUUAUGAUCCAGCUCUCACUUCCAUACUGUAUCCUUCAUUAUUUGUAAUGGUUCAUUGCUAGUUUUGCAGUUUUUUGUCUGGAGGAUUUAAAUCUUGACCCUUGUUUUUGACUUAUUUAUUUUUAAUAAAUGAAUGGAGGCAUCAUGGCUGGGGCUGGUAAGAUCUGGAGACCCACAAAAUCUGCCCCCCCCAAAAAAGUUUAGCCUCUCCUGCUCCAGAGAAACACAAGUGAUGGGUCAAUCUGUUUUUUCCUUUUAAUCAAACAGGCAAGACCCACUUCCACACCAGCUGUUGUGCCUCACUUGGAUGUCAUGGACCAGCAAGCUCCUCUGAGCUACUUCCCAUGGACUCAGCCAAUUUCAACAUUACCAGCACCGUCCCUGCAGUACCAACCGGCUUCAACCACCCUCCCUGCACCCCAGUUUCUGCCUCUUCCCGUUUCAAUCCCAGAUCCGGUCCCCGAGGAGCUGGAGGACUCAAGGAAGGAAAUGGGCACCCUGACCAUCGAGAAGCUUCUUCUGCAGGAUGAAAACAACGGCACAUACGAUCUGAGCAACAGCCUCCCAGUUGAAGGCCUUUAAAGUCAGAGUUUCAGCAUACAGGGAUAGCUUGAAACGUCUCAAGUCUUUGUGGCUCAAGGACAACCCAGCUCUCUCUCUCUCCAUCUCUCCUUUGGGUGUGAAAACCCGGUUUGUCUUCUGUGUGCUGAGCCCCUUUCCAUAUUGCAUAUGCAGAGAAAUGGCGGUUUAUCGGGACAGUUCUUCAGCACCCGAGUUUAGGCAAAAGAAAUACAGCAGCCCAGCCCCACAAGUAGGAAUACCACACUGUGAAUAGGCUCUUUCCUUCUAGAUGGUGGAAUAAAGCGCAGAAACAGGGAAACAGUGGUAAGGCAGGCCACAACAACCCUAUUUCAGCUUAAGUACAACCCGGGGAACCCCACAGCACCUUAAUUCGUAUGGCUAAGCACCCAUCCAGUUCCAUGGGUGGCUCAGGAGGCCGCCAGGAAUUCUGGAAUUGAAUAGGUGCUGCUUAUGGGCUCCUCUAGAAAAGUCUUUCAAGGGGGCAAGAAGCAGACGGGGACAUGUUUCCCUUGCAAGGUGUGGCUCUUAGCUUUGUGCUGUAGGCUGAAUUCAACUGGGGGUUUCUGUGCCCAUUCCCACUCACACCCCUCUCCCUCCAGGCAAGCAAGUGACAGUUGUCAUACUCUAAGAAGAAGUGCUCAAGGAAGGUGUGGAGUGUUGCUAGCCUAAGGAGAAGUUGUGGUCUGGGCAGAGUCCCAAGGGGCAGACAAAGAGGCCUGGAAGGCCACAUUUGACUCCUGGGAUGGAAGUCCCUCACCUGUAGAUCAAGGGCUUAUCCACACUUUCAUCUGUGCUGCAAUUUCUAUUGGUCCAUGAUUUGUAGGCACGGGUGGUUUUUUGUUUUGGUCACACCGCUGCGUUUCCCGAGCAAACCCACUGUUUAUCACUGGAUCAGAACAAGCAGAAGUUAAUAGAAAACCUGGUGUUUGUUCCAAUUCAGCAGUAAAGCAUUGGUUUUCCGGGGGAAGCAGCAAGAUAAUAAACCCCCAAAACUGUUCGGACCUGUGCCUAGAAAUCAUGGCACAAACAGAGCCCCAAGUGCUCACACCAGCUAUUCACAACCUGGCACCCUCCACUAUAACUCCCAUCAGCUGUGACCGUUGGGAUGUGUUGACUCAGGAUGAUGGGAGUUGUAGUCCAAAACAUGUAGAGGGUGCCACGUUUCCCUCAAUCCGUUAAAGACGAACAUUCUUCUGAGAUUUGCUCAGCCCUUACGAAACCUAUUUAGAAAUAUCCUGUCAUAGUAAGUGUCUUUUGUCAAUUAUCUCUUGAAACUCUGGAUUAUCACAAGCUAUUCAGGGUACAGCCAAUAAAAAAUUACAAACCCAAGUUAGGCAUGUCCAUGGAUACACUUUUUUAAAAAUAUGAAGUUUGAAUGUAGAGUGCACCUUCUGUGCUUUAUUACACCAAGAUACUCAGAGUGCCCCACAGAAUGUCAGUAUUUUCCAGGAGAGAUUUAAACACAUAGCCGAGCUUUAGGUUUGUGUAAUUAAAAGUGUCAUCCUAGCACCCCAAAUCCACGUUUGAAAAAAAGACUUUUUGCAGCUUGGAAAGUGACAGGCAAAUGUGGGACGGGUGGCUGACUCACAGCAAACAGCCCACAAGCAAAUAAGGAUGAAUGCAGGAUGAACGUUUGCUGUCGUAUAACCACCCUGUAAACAAAUCAGAAAGUAUGCUCAGUAAAGUAUGCACAGAGUUGUCUGGAGGAGCUCUCCGAGUUCUUUGUAUAUAAUAGUCAGGAUAAACCAAUGAAGAUGACGGAAAGGCAAGCUGGGUCCCUGCUGUUUUUGAAAUCUGGCUUGUUGUUAUAUUUUAAAGAAGGGAUUCGUGCUGGGUGCUGUUAUUUCUUUAGGCAAAAAUCAUAAUAAAACAUAGCAUUGAUGCAGCACA